GUCUCCUUGUCCCUUUCCUAUGGACAAGGUCGAUGCUGAACAGCAGGGCUGCGCGUCGGCGUCGGUGAAGGGAAAAGUAACUGAGGGCGAAUCUGAUGGGAAACGAAGAGACCGGUUUGGCUGCGUUAUAAUGUCGAAGUCGAAAAGUCAUUCGUUGUGUUUUGCGGAUGAGGUCCCAGGGGCCAAUCGGGGACCACUUGUCUUCACUGUCAAUGUUGAGAGCUUCAAGGAUCAUAAUAGGGUCAGCAAUUACACGUACUCGAAGGACAGUCAGCGUGUCAAUGGCAAUGUGGAGCCUUCUAACGUACCGGUGUGUUCGCGCACAUCUCUUACGGAUUCGGAGUCGAAGCCACUGAAUAUAAAGUUUUAUAUCUGCUCGUAGACGAGGCUCUUCAUCGUCUAUAACAUUCCACUAGCACUGAAUUUCAAUACAGCCCUUUCCUCUAUUGUUGUACUCGUUCGAGGAGGGAUGGUAUGAAAACAGCAUUCGACAUAGAAUGCCACAGUUUGUCGUUGGACAUUUUUUUAUUCGUUAUCAUGUAUUUAUAGAACGAGUAUAGUAGAGGAAUAUCAGUUUCGGCGACCUCAUACGAUUUGUGGAAAACUGGUUUUCCCAAUUUUCCUAGGGUCUCCUAC